UAUUCCACAGAUUUUAUUUUAUAGAUAUUUUUUUAUGAAACGUAGAGGUCAACUCCCAAGUCCCAACAAUAUCAAGGACAACGUAGAGGUCGAUCUAUAGUGUUCGUCACAUCUAGUUGUUAGCAUGGCUUCCUGGUUUUGUUGGGUUGGAAGGGAAAAAAAGGCUCAACCUUCUGAGUCGUUGUUGAAGCAACCAUUCAUGAAAGUGUCCUAUGAAAUGCUCCUCAAAGCAACUGAUAGAUUUUCUUCAGCAAAUUUGAUUGGUGUGGAUAAUUACGGUUCUGUCUAUAAAGGAAUCCUAGAUCAAGGGGAAAUUGUUGCAGUCAAGGUAAUAAAUCUCCUUCGUCGAGGAGCUUCCAAGAGUUUCAUGACCGAGUGUGAGGUCUUCAGAAGUAUCCGACAUAGAAAUUUGGUGAAGGUCAUAACUUCUUGCUCGAGUAUUGAUUUUCAAGGCAAUGAUUUUAAGGCUCUAGUUUAUGAAUUCAUGCCCAACGGAAGUCUACAACAGUGGUUGCAUUCAAGCUCCGAAACAAACAACGGUCAGAGUGAGAUUCAGAGCCUAAACUUGCUUCAGAGAAUAAACAUUGCAAUUGAUGUGGCUUGCGCACUUGAAUAUCUUCACCACCAUUGUCAAACACCAAUAGUUCAUUGUGAUCUAAAUCCAAGCAAUAUCUUCCUUGACAGUGACCUGGUUGCACAUGUAGGGGAAUUUGGACUAGCACGGUUUUUUCAAAAACCCAUAAAUCCAAAACGAAGCAGUUUGAAAAUAAAGGGAACGGAUCGGUCUGCCGCCCCAAAAUAUGGUCUAGGAAGCCAGGUUUCACCAAAAGGGGAUGUAUAUAACUAUGGGAUUGUUGUACUGGAGAUGAUGACAGGGAAGAGGCCCAUUGACCUUAACCUUCAUAAGUUUGCUAGGACGGCUUUACCCGACCAUGUUAUGCAGAUUGUAGACCCAAUACUCGUGAAUAUUGAUGAAGAAGAAGCAACAGCAUUGCCCAAUAGAAAUCGGGUUUCGACAGAAUCAAGAGCUGACAUCAGAAAGAAAUGUCUGACAUCCAUGAUCAAGAUAGGAGUUGCAUGCUCCAUGGAGUCACCACAAGAUCGAAUGGACAUUAGUGAUGUCGUUCGUGUGCUGAAUAUGGUCAGGAACAAUCUUUGAAGAACUCCGUACAGAGCCUAAUGCAUAAAGAGACAUGAAGCUUGAAUGCAGUGAAGGACAUCCGUAACUCCUGUUUGAGAAGCAAGACGAUCUUCUGGACUUCAACUGCAUAAAAUAUUUCAUAUUCAUAUUUGUUCUACUUGUAUCUUCCUUGCUUCAAUUGCAUAAAAUGUUUCUGGACUUGUUGUACGUCUAAAUUCAACAUUUCAGUUGAUAAAAAAUGCCUUUUUAUGCAAAUUUGUAACUUAAACUGUGUAUCUUCUUGUUAGGGCUAACCCAAUGCUCUCCUGUCGGUUAGUGAAGAAGGAAAUCAAGUUUCACAUAUAUUUUGGGUAUAGUGGGACAUGAUGAGUCUCUAAAGUUUUAACAUAUUUUUUUUUUUUAAAUUCUUUUUCUCCUGGUAAAUUAGGGGGAGGGGAACUCAAAUAAGGAUAUACCAUUUGAAAAGUUGGGCACUUUACUCAUUAGGUGAUAUUUUUAAUUCAUUUUUCUCCCUCUUAUUAAAAGUGGU